AUGCAGUAUGGCAUUGGCGUACCCAAGGGCGGUGUCGCGACGACGGCAGCGGAAGCUGAGAAGGUCGCGACAGAGAUUGGCGGAGAAGAUGCGGUCAUUAAGGCACAGGUCCUUGCUGGUGGUCGAGGAAAAGGAACCUUCGACAAUGGCUUCAAGGGCGGUGUCAGGGUCGUCUACUCGCCUCGCGAAGCCGCCAUCCUCGCCGACCAGAUGAUCGGCCACAAGCUCAUCACCAAGCAGACUGGAGCCGCCGGCCGGCUCUGCAACGCCGUCUACAUCGUUGAGCGCAAGUUUGCCCGCCGAGAGUUCUACCUCGCCAUCCUCAUGGAUCGCGCCUCGCAAGGCCCCGUAAUCGUUGCUUCGUCGCAGGGUGGUAUGGACAUUGAGACCGUGGCCAAGGAGCACCCCGAGGCUAUCAUCACCACGAACAUCAACAUCCACGAGGGUGUCACCGACGACAUCGCGCGCAACAUUGCUAACGAGCUCGGUUUCUCGGAGCAGUGCAUUGAGGAGGCGAAGGACACCAUCCAGAACCUGUACAAGGUUUUCAUGGAAAAGGAUGCGACUCAGAUCGAGAUCAACCCUCUCUCGGAGACCACCGAUCACCGUGUCCUUGCUAUGGAUGCUAAGCUGAACUUCGACGACAACGCUGAUUUCCGCCAGAAGGAGGUCUUCGAGUGGAGAGACGUCACCCAGGAGGACCCUGAUGAGGUCAAGGCUGCUACUUCUGGUCUCAACUUUAUCAAGCUUGAUGGUGACAUCGGCUGCCUUGUCAACGGUGCCGGUCUUGCCAUGGCCACCAUGGACAUCAUCAAGCUCAACGGUGGUUCGCCAGCCAACUUCCUGGACGUAGGUGGAGGUGCCACUCCUGAGGCCAUUAAGGCGGCUUUCGAGCUCAUCACCUCCGACCCCAAGGUCACCGCUAUCUUUGUCAACAUUUUCGGUGGUAUUGUGCGCUGCGAUGCUAUUGCCAAGGGUCUGAUCUCCGUCGUCGAGACCAUGAACCUGAGGAUACCCAUCAUUGCGCGGUUGCAGGGCACCAACGGCGAGCAGGCACACAAACUGAUCAACGAGUCCGGCCUCAAAAUCUUCUCCAUUGACGACCUCCAAGCCGCUGCUGAGAAGUCUGUUCAAUUUUCCAAGGUGGUCAAGAUGGCGCGUGACAUCGACGUUGGUGUCGAGUUCACCCUCGGUAUCUAA